AUGGAGUCGCACAGUCUAGAGAGAGCAUCACAGUAUCUCAAUAACAUUCUACUCGCGCGGGGCCUCCUUACCAAUGGCAAACCCAUCGACUUUGCCCGCCCCAACCGCCAUGGUUCCAACACUGAUGCGACCAUGUCCCGUGUCAUCAACCUCGUCCAUGACCUCGUCCUACGGCGCGACCAGGACGCCGAGCAACGAGAAAUCCUCACCACGCACAUCCGCCAAGCACGCGCAGCCGAUUCCCAGCGCGCCAUUGACCUCCAGAGGCUACAGGACAAGAACACCGAGUUGGCUCGAGCUGCAGCCGCAGCUGAAUCACAAGAGCGGGUCUUGAAAGCUCACAUGCGCCAGGCGGAUGCUCAAGCCAAGGAGCUUAAGGAGCAGAUGCUGAGGAUGAAGUCUACUCUGGACCAAGUCCGAGCGAAAUGCCUAAGUGACGUGCGCAAACGAGACGCCGAACUGGACAAACUGAAGGCCCAUCUGGCGGGCAUGCAGCGCGGUAAGAAAGAGUCGAGUGGCAUGAAGAUCAACACGAUAAACUGGGAGCCAGCAACCGGCGGUCGCGAAAGACGCAACGGGCAGGCCGUGGACAGAUCGGAAUGGAGCUUGGAGCAGGAGAGCAACGACUUCCUUGCCGCCCUCGUCAAUGAGAUGAGCACGGAAAACGUUUCGCUGAGACGAAUCAUCACAGAUACUGCGGAGGUGCUGCGCGAGUUGACAGGGCUGGAGGGGCAACAGCCCGGUGCUGAAGAGCCAGAACAGGAUACGGAGGAGGAUGGCAUAGGCAUACCGGGUCAAUACCGCAAAGCCAGGCAGAAGGCUGCUCGAGCACAACAACAAGCUCAAGCCGAAGCCGAAGCCCAGGACCUCACAUCCUGCAACGAGCUGGAACAGCAAAUGGCAGGUAUUCUGGAGCACUGCCGGUCUAUCCUCAAGGACCCCUCAUUCGUUCCCAUCGAAGAAGUCCAGAUUCGUGACGAAGAAAUCAGCAAGCUACGUGUGGGGUGGGAGAAGAUGGCAAGCAGGUGGAAGGAGGCCGUCACUAUGAUGGACAACUGGCGCAAGCGCGUGGACGAGAAUGGACAAGAGUUCUCGAAGGAGGAUCUUUCGAGGUUGGAGUUUGGCAAAAGUAUUUCUUUGCUGCCUAACGGACAGCCUGUUUUUGGCCAAGAUGAGGAACCGUCGUCAAUAUUUUACGAAAUCAGCAGACUGGAAGAAGGAUCAGACGAAGAAGACCUGGACCAACAACUCCCGGCGGACGAUCGAGGAGGUGUGCAAUACCCCAGACUGCCGGAUAACGAUAAAACAGGCAUACAGUCUCAUCAUCGGGAUCCAGACAUCCCUCCCGCGGAAGGUCGCUCACCCAAACGCCGCGCAUCUCUGGCUCGAAAAGCAGGACUUAACCUAGGGAAGCCCGUACGACCGCUGCAGCCUGUUGGCCUGAGCGGUCUCAACAGGUCGCCCGGCCACGGCGUGGCCUUGACAAGCACAAAUUCGUCAUCAAAGCAAGGCACGCAGCCGGGUCUGGGAAGCUCGGACAGCGCUAUAGAAAUGGACGGAGACCGGCCAGAUGAGGAUGACGACGACGACGAUGUAUGGCUUGACGAGAAUUUGACCAAGCCCCGGAUUCCGAGGAAGAUGAAGCAACGAGAACCCCCACUGUCCGUAUCUGAGAAGCUCGCAGCGGUCGAGGCCGAAGCCCUGCAAGCCCAGAGGCAACCAUCAUCCGCUCACAUGGAGCCUGGCCGGAAAAGAAAACACGCAAAUGCCAACGGCGUGAAAACAAGGAAAGCAUCAAGAAGACGGAGCACACUCAGCCCUGAGGAAUUGGCUGAGCUGAUGGGUAUUGAAUAG